CUAAUCCCUCCAAAUUCCACAUUUAAUGCGCAUCCCUUUGUUUUUCUGGUACGAAUAUAUACUACACCAGCUUCAAAUUAUCAGUAUAUUUAUACCGAUAUCUUACACUAUGAAUCAAACAAAUUUUUCAUCUUCGUGUUGCAUUUAACUGAUAUUUCUUGCCUUGUAUGUCGACUAUUCAAUCUCUUGUUCUUGUUCUUUAUCUUUUGUUUACUCCUUUUCAUGGAUGUAGAGCACGAAACUUUGGGGUGUUCAACAAGGAGCCUGUUGAAGGAUAUCACCUAUCUAGCAAGGACACAGAGGCGCAGAGUCUUGUUAGGGUUUCUAUUCAACCAGACGCUAAAGCUUCAGAAGCUACCAAAACCGAAAGAAAAAACCAUGACGAUAAUAAGAUGAUCCCUGCAAAGCCGUUUGAAGCUCCUAGCAGAAAGAGUCUACGGAAAGUAGAAGUAUCGGGUGCUGUUCAAACUGAGCCUGCAGUUUCUGUUUCUUGGAGGUUGACUCACAAGAAACAGGGAGAGGAAGAACCAGUACAUAACUUGGAUUAUUUACCACCCCAUACCCACCCCUCGCAUAACAAUUGAGCUUUUUUUCUGAAUGAUGAUUUCUAUGUUGCAUCUUAAUACUUAGAUAUGAUCACCUGAGAACAGAUUAGCAAUAAGGAAGUGUUUGGAACCCUAGAAUCUUAAUUAUGGUUCAUGUCUU